AUGAAAAGUGAUAAAGACUUGUCUAUUAAUGGUACUGGUGUUGGGUUUAGUGUUGGUUCUGGUUCAGGGUCCAUGGUUAAUUCUAUUGCUAGUUCUGAUUCAAGUUCUGGUUCUAGUUUGGGUCUCAUAGAUCUUUACCAGCAUCCCUCAUCUGGUUCUGGUUCUGGUUCUGGUUCUGGUUCUAUUUGUGCUUACCGUCUCCUUCCAUCUCUUCCUAGUUCUCCUAUUCUUCCACCUUCAGAUCAUGAUGUCUCUAUAUCUUCUGACUCUAGUCCUAUUGUUUCUUCUUCGGAAUAUAUUCCUUCACAAUUAGACUUAUCUGAAGCUGGAUUAAUGAAUCUGAUAUUUCAGUCAAGAAUCUCCUCUGCGCCUGAUCUUGUUAAUUCUCUUGACCAAGCUGGUGUUAGUGUUGUCACUAAGGAUGAUACUCAAGCUGUUUUGCCUAAAUCUCGAUCUCGUGUUGUUGCUGUUCGUUUACCUUCUAUAACUCCUGCCAAACGCCCGAUGUCUGCAACACCUGCAAAACAUCCUAGUAGUUUUGAAGAAGCUAUGUCUAGUGAAGAAGCUGAGUUUUGGCUUGAAGCCUGUGUUAUUGAAAUGUCGUCUCUUAAACGCAAUGUUAAGCGAAAGCUGACGUUCAAUUGCGUUACAAAGCUCGUCUCGUGUAUUGGAUUUUCGCAAGUUGAAGGUAUUGAUUAUACUGAAACUUUUGCUCCUGUUGUUCGUUACGAGACUGUGAGGAUUGUUCUUGCUAUUGCUGCUCAGUUUGGGUUCCAGGUUCAUCAUAUGGAUGUCGAGACUGCAUUUUAA